CCUGAGGAAAUAUCCAUAAAGCACACAGAAUAACCUCAAUUAAGCAACUGAAUGCAUUCCAUUUGCCUUAAAGGCUUAUAAGCCGCAAUAAAUAAAAUGUGGUUCUCCAACCAUCACAGCUGAACUGAUAGCAAGCCAGCGCCAUUGUCUUUUCAUUGUACACAAUGUAGUUACUGUGCCGCCUCAAUUUGCAUGCAAAUAUUGUACUGCUGAUCAAAUGCUCGCACAAUUACAUAUUUUUCAAAGGUCAAAGAAUACCCUCACCUUUUGUGAUUGCCUCCCAGCUUACCAAUUAUCCAAAAAAUGUGAUUUAAUCUGUUUCCAAGCAACAGCAGCUCUGCACAUUUGAAUCUAUUUUCUUACUGUGUUUCUUCUUUUAAAGUGAUGACAAAGACCUUGGGUAACCUUGACCACCAAACUUCCAUAAUUUUUUCUCCUGUUGUCAAAUCAGAAAAUUCACAAUUAAGCAAAGGUUAUGUCUGCGAUUGUGCACAGUACUACAAGUCUGUGAUUUCUUGUGCCAUUAUUUAGGAAUAUAAAGAAGAUUUGGAAAGUAUGAGGACUUGGGCAUCCAAAUUUUAGAAUCUUUUCAUCCCCGCUGACACCUCUGACAGACAAAGAAGUGUAGAAAAUAUGCAGCAACCAUAAUACUUUUUUUUUGUUUUAUUUGACAUCAAACUAUUAGAGUUGUUACAUUCAAUGAAAUAUUAUCUAAAAGCAUUGCUGUCUUAAGAGGUUAUAUGUUUUCCACGAAACAAUAUCAGAAAGAUCGUCACUUUCUGUAACAUAUGACACCAUUAAAUAUUUCAUUAGCUGCAUCAAAAGUCUUGUUGUAGUUUGGUACCACAGGGUGGCCAUCUCUGUCUGGGUAAUUCGCAGAUACAAAUAGCAUUUGGAUGAAGAAUUUAGCUAAAGUAAUUUAUAUCAACUGUACGUCAUUCACAGUUAAGCGUGAAAUAGCCUUCUGGUGGAUAACCUGACUCUCAAAAGAGAAGCAAACUAGAGAAGGAAUUAUAGAGGACAUCAUGAGAGAGAUUAUGGAAAAAGUCCAAAAUGCAGCUCAUGGAUCUUCCUGUUUUGAACACUGCAGGCCUCCGGGACAAAGCAAACCGACCUCCGCCACAGUCAGGCCUCUCCUGAGAUGCGGAGCUGUGGCUCUUAUUGCCGGUGCAGUGUUAAUGUUGUGUGCAUCCAUGGCUGCUCUCUACCUGUGGAAAGUCAGCGAUAAAAAUGUUUAUAAUGUUCGUUACAGUAUGAACAUCAAUGGGGAGGUGAGGGAGGGCUCCAUGGAAAUCGAUUCUGACAACAAUCUGGAGAGGUUUAAAACUGGGAGCGGAGCUGAGGAGGCUGUGGAGAUUCAUGACUUUCAAAUUGGAAUAACGGGAAUCCGCUUCUUUGGAGGAGACAAGUGCUAUAUCAAAUCCCAAAUCAAAGCCAACCUUCCACACAUGGGAGCUCACAACAAAGAGACACUGAUGUUUGACCUGACAGAUGAAUUAAUGCCAGUGAGGUUUGAUGAGGAGUUCCUCAUAUGGGUUGCAGCAGAGCAGCCGCUGAAGGACACCCGGUUUCUGAGCAGUAAAAUUCUGGAUCUUUGUGGGGAACUUCCAAUUUAUUGGCUCCAACCGAUGUAUCCUAAAGAUGGGGAGAGGAAAAAGAGAGACACGCAGUCGAACAUGGAGGAGGUUGAGGCGGCUGCUGAGGAGUGGGACCCGGUGAGUCGUACAGAGCACGACACCUCCAGAGCUGUGGAGGGAGAAGAGGAGGGGGCCCAGUCAGCUGCAGGGUCAGCGUACAAUCCCGAAAACCCCUAUCAUCACAGCGGAGGGGCCAGAGAGGAAGGCGCCAUGACCUUUGACACCAUGUUAGACCACCGGGGAAUCUGCUGCUCAGAAUGCCAACGCAGCUACACUCACUGUCAGAGAGUGUGCGAGCCUCUGCGCGGAUACUGGCCUUGGCCUUACAACUACAGAGGCUGCCAGGUAGCUUGUCGAGUCAUUAUGCCCUGUCGCUGGUGGGUGGCACGCAUUUUUGGUCUUGUGUAAGAAAACACACCAUGUCUUGGUUUUUUUUUUGUUUUUUUUUUCCUUUCUCCCCACAGGUCUCUUAGCAUUAAGCUUUUACUCAGAUGUGCAUGCAGAUAUUUAUUUUCUGAGUUUGACGCUAAACACUGCCAGAAAGCUACGCCUGUUAGCGUAAUAUGCAGAUUGUGAAAUAUGAUUAUUUAAACAUCUGUACCAGCUGUGACAAAUGUUUCAUCUUCAUGGGCAUAUCCUUUGCACGCAGCAAGACUGGAGAACAUAAAUGCCAUAUUCUUAUUUGCAGUAACAGAUUCACAAAUGAGCAUUUUAUUUUUUUUCUGUCAUGUGAUACCAAGGCUUAAUGCACUGUACUGUGUUUAAUGGAAGACAUGGGACUGAAUCCAAAGGCUCACAGCAGAUCAUGUACCUUUUUCUGACUGAACAGGCUUCAAUAAAUUCUAAUUACAGUGUA